GUGCAUGUUGACAACAUGGAUUCCAGACCUUCUUUGACUGAAGAUGAUUUCUCCUGUCCUGUGUGCUGUGACAUCUUCAGGGAGCCUUUACUCCUGGCCUGCUCCCACAGCAUCUGUAAGAGCUGCCUUAACACCUUCUGGCAGCAGAGAGGAGCUCUAGAGUGUCCUAUCUGCAGGACCGUGUCCUCCACCCCUGAGCCUCCGGUCAACAUUGUGUUGCACAACAUGUGCGAAGCGGUAAUGAAGGAGCGCAACCGGAGGAUGUCAGUGGAGAUGGAGGGUCUCUGCAGUAUACACCAUGAAGCUCUUACUCUGUUCUGUGUGAAGGAUCAGAGACCUAUUUGUACCAAGUGCAAGAACUCCAGAUUACACAGCAGGCACACUGUCAGCUCCAUACGGGAAGCAUCACAAGACCUCAAGCAGGCACUCAUGCUGAAACUGAAGCCCUUACAUGAGAAAAUUAAAAUCUACGAGGACUUCAAAAAAUCCUGUAUUAAUACCGGAGAGCACAUUAAGAUGCAGAGCCAACACACAGAGGAAUUGAUUAGGAUGGAAUUCAAGAAAUUUCACCAGUUUCUCUGGGAUGAAGAGGAGGAUAGAAUAGCUGCACUAAAAGAGGAAGAGGAACAGAGAAGUCAGAUGGUGAAGAAAAAGAUUGACAAGAUCACAAUUCAAAUAUCUUGCAUCCUGGACACCAUCAAAGCCAUUGAGAGAAAGACACAAGGAGAAGAUUUGCCAUUUCUACUGAACUACAAUACGUUACUAGAAAAAACUCAAGCUAAACUAGAAAAUCCAGAGAAGUUAUCUGGAGUUCUGAUCAAUGUGGCAAAGCAUCUGAGCAACCUGAGCUUCCAAGUGUCAGAGAAGAUACACAGCUUUGUACAAUACACUCCUGUGGUGUUUGACCCCAACACUGCUCACGCCGGCCUCUUAGUCUCUGAUGAUCUAAGAACGGUUUCGUAUACGGGCGAGCUGCAACAGCUUCCUGAUAACUCAGAGAGGUUUGAGGGUUAUGUAAGUGCCAUAGGCUCUGAGGGCUUUAAUUCAGGCACACACUGCUGGGACGUCGAGGUUGGAGACAACACAGCCUGGGCCGUAGGAGUCAUUUCAGAGUCUGUGUAUAAGCACAGAGAAAAUCUCUCACGGUUCGGUUUGUGGUAUGUGGGUUUCUGUAAUGACAAAUACGGUAAAGGAUACGCACCUGAGAUCCUGACGCUGUUGCGUGUUAGUGAGAAGAUCAAGAGGAUCAGGGUUCAGGUGGACUUUAACAAGGGCAAGGUGAUCUUCACCGACUCAGCCCAGAACACCUGUCUGCACAUUUUCAAACAGACUUUCAGGGAAAGAGUUUUCCCUUACUUUUACAGCCACUGUAAACUCCAUCCUCUGAGAAUAUUACCAGUAAAGUCUUCAGUGUCCAUUCAGAUAGACAGUUAGAUAACACCAGACACGAUGUCUUAACUCAAGCUAAACAAUAAUUUAGAGCAGUGACUCAGCGGUUAAUGUGCUGAAUGUUCACACCCAUUUAUGGGCAGCUUACCACUAUUGGUCCUUGAUCAAGGCCUGUAAUCCUUACCAGAUAUGUUGAAUCAUGCUGGAACUAGUUUUCUAACACUGUUUUUGGAUAUUUCACUUUUGUACAAACUUGUAUAGGUGACAAUAAAUCAAUAAAUAGAAUAGAAUAGAAAUCGCUAAAUCGAAUAGAAGUGUCAGGGACAAUUGUUUAGCUAAUAACUGAUUUUAAGAAAUGUGCAAGUGCAAGUUAUCACAUACAGUAAUAAAGUAAUAAGCCAUGAGAGGAUGUGUGUUAUAUUGAUUUUAUCACAUGCAAAGGUGUACUCUUUUUACCUCCUUAAAACUUCCUUACUUGUGAUAAAAUCACUACACCUGACUACACUGAUGUCCACUAAACAUUAGGAUGAUUUUAUGUUACAACCUAAAAGUCAAAAAUUAAUCUUGCAGCUGUUGAUAUGCAGUAGAUGAUCCAGCAUCUCCACAGCCCCAUAAACACAUUUUCAUGAGCAGCAAUUUAUUAUUACAAAGAUUGGAUUUAUAUAACCCUUAGUCACACAAUUAGCCUCUUUCAUUUACAGAUAAUUCUUAAGUACACAUGGCCCUGCAAGACUUGCUAAGGGACAUUCCUCUACAACGGAAAAUUCUAUCUCAGAACAGCAGGCUCAAAACUCACAUAUAUUAAAUGCAGGUCAGAUGAUGACUAUGCAUAAUGUCACAAAUAAUGUCACAAAUAAUGUCAUAAUGCAUAAUGUCACAAAUAAUGUCAUAAAUAAUUGAUUGCAAAAUAGCUUUGCUCUGAGGUACAGAGUCUGCUCUUUUAGUGCCUGUGACAUACCCUGCAGUGCCAAUACAUGCUUAAGGACAUUGUCUUGUAUCAGUCGUUCUAUCAAUACAACAAAGCAGAAGAUAAAUGAAACAGGAGCUCUCCUGCCAGUCUUUGUCAGUGUGCUCAGCGUAAAUUUAAAGUACACACUGUGUACUGUGCAGAAUUAUCCGGCUUUGUUUUGCUGUUUAUUCAUCAGGAUCUCAAAGGUUCAUGCUUUCAUUCAGUCAUCUUCAGUCAGGGUUAUUCUGGACGGGGUUAGGAUUACAGUGACCAUGUACAAAUACACAUUCACACAGUCACAGCUCGGGUAAUUGUAACUAAUCUACCACCUGAAUUAACAAGAAAUUCACACACGUAUUUGUCUAUACAAGCUGAAGGUUCUCCACAAGAGGGGGCUAGUAACAUUCAAUAAUCACAAUGGACUGCCAUGCAGGACAGGUUUCACAAGUGUGAGUCCUUAUUUACCCUGAAAGUUCACAAAACAUAUUUUGUUAUGUUUACUUGUGUUCUGCUUAGUAGCAGGAUGCAAUACAAUAGAGUGAAGCAAAUUAGUAUUGUAUUAAACAUUUUACAACUGUUUCUCUCACCUAAUGCAGAGUACCUCUUUUUCAUAGUCGGAGAUUUGGCAAUAAUGUCAGGAUAAUAUCAGGCAAUAAUGUCAGAAUAAUGUUUUUGUUUGUCUAAUGUACCUUAUGAUUCAUUCAUGUUUACUGUGUUGGAGAAGGAGGUCUUGUUAAAAUAACAUGUUAUAUUCCUCCAACUUUGUUUAUGUAAUUGUCAUUCAGUGUAAUUCAUUCAUUCAUUCAUUUUCUACCGCUUAUCCGAACUACCUCGGGUCACGGGGAGCCUGUGCCUAUCUCAGGUGUCAUAGGGCAUCAAGGCAGGAUACACCCUGGACGGAGUGCCAACCCCAUUCAGUGUAAUUAAGCAUUCAUUUCAACACACUGCAUACAGCUGAUGAAAACAUUUGUGAAGUUCACAGAAUCCAGAAAUAACAAUUUCAGGUUUUUGUUGUUUUUUUCUUCCAUGGUCAUUGAUUCAUUAGCAGCCAGGAAAUCUCUGAGUUGAAUGUACUUCUUUCCACCAGCAAGAAUUUAAAAGUAUUUGUAAUUUGUAAUACAUAUAUCAUUAGGAAAUUAAAUGAUUUAUGCAACACCAUUGCUUCGCCACUAAUCCAAUAAAACAGUUUGUAUUUUUAAGUAAUUGCAAGCCACUUGGUUAAAAAAAAUGAUGCUAUGUGCGAUGUUACUGACCAGCAUUGUUGGUACAAGACACAUUUCUGCUCAUAUUGAACAAGAAGUGGAUCAUUCUGUUAGUUUUGAUUAAAAAGAUGCAAAUCAUCAGAUUAGAACUCUACUCUAGACUGCUCUCAAGAAACCUAAGCUGACCACAAUGAGAAUCUUCAUGUUAAACUUGGUUUAGAAGAUUAAACAUGGUUUAUUUGAAGUGUUUUAGAGUUUAGUUUUCGUUAGUGAGUCGUUGCUGUUCGAUAGUCUUUAUAAAAAGACAAGAUUGCGGUGAUGGUUAAUCACUGUCGUCGUCCAAAAUCAGUGGGGCAAUGUAGUCAGAGUGACGGAUGCCAAAGGAAAAGCUGGGAGCUUUGUAUCUUGUGGUGGACACCUGCAAAGAUAUACAUAUAUAAACAGUGAAUGUGUCAGUUUAAGGAUAUUUUAUAAUUGUGUGUGUGAAGUUUGAAGCUGCAUUAAUAAUUAUAUCAAUAGACCUCUGUCAAGAUAAAUAAAACUGUAAUCUACCUUCUCUGGAUAGUAAGUUCCAGGUCCUGGGUUCCGAACUGCAUCACCAGGCAAGCUGCUGCGUCCUAUAAGGCUAUACUGCGGGGAUUUUGAUCUGUAUAUGUCUGGGUCAACAACUCUGUAUGACGCAGGACCUGGAGUCUAAAUAAAAAUAAAUAAGAAACAA